AUGGCACCAUCCAAAAUCAAAAGAGAGGCGGAUCUGACCCCUCCACCCCGAAAAGUUCUUGGUUGUUUCCAGAAUGACUCCGAGAACAUGGGCACGUCGUCAGCACUUGAUAGCUUUGCCAAGCCGGCCCUGAAGCCUCUCGUAUCAGACCCAAAUUGGAAGCAAUGCGAACACGAAAAACGUUUGGAGAGAGUUAAGAUCAAGGAGCAAGCUGCGAGAAUGGCCGUAUCAGCUUUGAAGAAAAUGUUGAAUACACUGAGCCGGCACCUUCUGGCAAUUCCGCCUUGCCAGACUCGCAUCGACAAAAUCCAUGAAAUACUGGCACGCAAGAAAUGCCAUGAUCGGACACAAAGAUUUGUUGCCCUCGAGUAUUUGGAGGGCUUCUACUUGCUAACCCGCUUAACUGGGCAGGCUGUUCCGACCGAAGUCAGCUAUAACAAAUCCUUGGACAAAGAUAAAUUGUUCCGAGCUGAGGUGGUUUAUAUCACCCAGGCCGAGUGGCGCGAGGAGCUGGAGUCACUUUUUGAAGAUCUUCGUGCGGAGCAAGUGUCUGCAACUGACGAGGACAACGAGAUCGAUGAGGAGAGAAACGAACGCAUUAAUCAGGGUCUUGACAAGAUCAAGUAUGUCUACCCUCACAUCAAUACACGCCAAAAGCUCGAGUCCGCGUCCGUCGAAGACCUACUCACAGAAGUCCGAGAUGUACUCGGCUCGACGAAGUUGAUCGAAAAGCAUACACGAUCGGCGUUCUCCGAUGAGAUUCGACAGUACAUUGAUUCCGGCGAACAGAGUAGCAAGAAAACCCCCCAUUGGUGGCCACUCAUCAAGCUUUGUCGGGUUUUCGUAAAGAGCUCAGUGCUAGAACCGGGUGUUAUUCUGGUAGAUCUGCCUGGCAAUCUCGAUAGUAACGCGGCCAGAUCGGCUGUUGCAGAGAAUUAUUCGAAAAACUUAGCCCUCACUUGUAUUGUGGCAGAUGUCUCCCGAGGAAUCAGUGAGAAGAAUGCGGCUGAGUUGCUUGAAAAGUAUACCAAGCGUAACCUUCAACUCGACGGUCUUUAUAAUUCCGAUUCGCUUUGCUUCGUGCUGUCCAAGACUGAUCGCUCCUUCGAUUACGCACAAUACGCAAAACAAUAUCCUGAGCUCGGUGACAUGGUCUCUCCAGACAUCAAAAAGGCAUGGAAGCUCAAGGGUGACAUUUCUGGACUAGAACGCCAGCAUGGUUCACUUGUCAAGAGCCAUAAGAAGAAUAAAAAGGCCAUGGCAGAGCUCUCCGCCAAUAUCAAGAACCUCACAUCCCGCCUGAAAGCUUUGUCCAGCGCUUCUACUCCCUUCGCUUCUGCAAGAAAGCGUACUCUCAGCGACACAGAAGAAGCUUCAACUGUUGGCAAAGCUUCAGAGGAGCAGGUGGAGCUGAGGACCAAAAUCCCUGAGCUCGAAAAAGAACUUUCUGAACUGAAGACCACAACCGAAGCAGAGGCCGAAAAAUUGCUGUCAUUUGCACGCAGAAUUGCCCACCUCGAGAAAGCUCGCAUCUAUGCUCAGUCAAGAUUGACAGUCCAGUGUAUUCGGCACCGCAAUGAGUUGUCGCGCGCAGCGAUCCGUGCUGAUUACGAGACGACCCUGCGAGAGAUGGGGCGCCAACCGGUUAAUCAUUUGCAGGUAUUUCCCGUCUCAGCGACAGUUCAUCUUAGGUACCAAAGUUCAGAAAAGAGACACAUAGGAUUUCCCAAUAGGGAGGAUACCCACGUCUCUGCACUUCGAGAUUGGGUCCUUGGAACGACUCUUGGUGAUCGGGAGAGAUAUGCCCAAGCAUUCCUGGACGAUGUCGACGAUUUCUUGGCCUCAAAUCACCCUUGGAUUAUGGAUAAGUAUGGUGAGAGCAAAAUGCCCGCAGAGUUGCGAGAGCAAUGGGAGCCGCAGAUGGAGAGCUUGGUCGCCGAUCUUGAAGCUGACCUGCGCAAUCUCACCAUUAAGACGGAGGCUACACUGAAGCAUAUUGUUCAGACAAAUGUUUAUUCCGUAGUGCCUCAAGCUGUGAAACCUGCGGGUGCGAAGGCGAGGGAUACCGCAGAAUACUGGGCUAUGACCUGCCAUUGGGCUACCCAUAAGAAGAUCAACAGCAAGAGAGGUCUAUGGACUGAUUCCAAGGGCCGUAAUCAUAGGUGGAACCAUGAACUAGUUUAUGACCUUACCACUCACAUUGUCAAGCCAUGGGACCUCGCCUUCUACAGACGGUUUCCUCAAGAAAAAAUCAACUAUGUCGACGCUGGAAAGGUACUUGUCUCCGAUUUUGCACAUGCAAUCGCAAAUAAGGACAUUUUCCCGGAUGCCUCAGAUGGCAUCGAUGUUCUGAAGGACCACAUACUUAGAACACAGAAUCGCUUACGCAACGAUACCGAUACCGCCUUCGACGAGAUGAAGAAAGUCAUCAAGAAGGCUCAUAAAUUAGCCGUCCCUGCUAUUAAGGGGUUUCUGGAGGAAAUGUACGAGCAUUGUGCUUCAGAGUCAGGGCGAGGUUUCUACGCCAGAAACAGGAUGUACAUCGACGACUUCAUGACUAGCAAAGGAGUGCAUAUGCACCGUGUGGGCAAGAGAGCAAUCAAAAGCGAAUUGGAUCAACUCCUGGACAACGUUCCAGCCAGACUUGGACAAGGGAACGCCUUGAUUUUGCAACGAAUUCGAGAGGAGAUAAAGCAGUUCUUUGACCGAAACAGUACUGACGGCAGCCGCACCAGUUCUCGAAAAGUGGUGUCGAAUGCAAAGCUCCUCAUGCAGAAAGACAUUCUCGUUGAUAUCAAUAACCUGGAGAAAGACUGGAAGUUGUCAGUGCAAGAUGAAUUACUUCCCAACGACGACGAAACCGAAGAUGAGAUGACGUUUGAUGACGACCUCUUUGUUGACCUCAGCAAGGAUGACGAUGACGACUACAGCGAUGAAGAGGCAUAUUGAUCUCAGCGAAGUUUGGCAGGUUGCGAAGACGGCCCCAGAUGCUUAUCUGGAUAUGGCAAUAUUACCUGCAACGCCAAGCAUUUUCGAUCUUUCUUCAUUGUAUUUCAUCACCCCUUUCAUAACACCUCGUCGCACUAGUAGAAACGGCCUUGGUCGGAUCGAAGCCUGCCUCGAGCUUGCUUACAACACUUUCCCCACUCACAUGAAAUGUAAUAUCAAUAUCGGAAGUAUCCACGGAGCAAGUUUUCCUUUGUUUCCAUCAGCACGAAAUGAGCAUACGGGACGAAUGGGCAAAUGGGAGAGAGAUUCAGGGGAAGGCGCUAGGGUGGGAAAAGGUUCAUCAAGGCACAGUCAUUACAAACUUGCAACAGAUACGAAAUAGAGUUAC